CCCAUGCACCCAUGGAGCCUGCAGCAACCGUCGCAUAGCGGCAUAACCAUGGCCAAAUGAAGUCGCAGUCGAUACAAUAGCCAUAAUGCUCUCUGCAUUCACCGCCCGACCCAUCGUCGAGCUCAAGCAGCGCGACAAGUCAAAGAUCGAGUCCAUCCUCGCAUAUGCAGGCGACCGCGUACUUGUCGGCUUGAACACGGGCGCUCUGCGCAUCUACCGCGUAAACGACCAGAUUGAGGAUGUAGAGCCCGACCGCAAGCAGAACGGCGACCCGAACGGUGAAAGCGAAGCACCUGCCACGCCAAAAGCCAGACCCGCCGACCUCCUACGCGAAGAGGAGAAGUUCUCCCGACGCCCGAUACAGCAGCUGGCGAUUAUUAAGGAAGCGAAUAUUCUGGUCUCGCUGUCAGACAACUAUGUCUCGAUCCACGACAUUCAGACGUACCAGUUGCAGGAGAAGCUCGAGAAGACACGGGGUGCGACUACGUUCGCUGCGGCGAGCAACAUCGUCAAGGACCCUUCUACUGGCAUACCUUCUAUCGUGAGCCACUUGGCUGUCGCGGUGAAGCGGAAGAUCAUACUGUGGACAUGGCAGGACAUGGAGCUGACGGGUGACGCGGUGGAGAUCUCGCUCAUUGCUUCCGUCAAGAGCCUGACAUGGGCGACAGGCACCAAGAUAGUCGCCGGAAUGGACCCUGGCUUCGUAAUGGUCAACAUCGAAACGCAGGAGGUUCAGGAUAUCAUCAAACCAGGCGCGUUGGCUGAGAACGGGAGUCAGGGCGGAGCACGCUUCGGCGCAGUUUCGUCGUCAGGCAUGGGAUACAUGGGCAUGGGCAGUUGGGUCCCCAAACCGCUCGCGACACGGCUUGGAGAGGGCGAGAUGCUGUUGGCGAAAGAUGUCAAUAGCCUUUUCAUCGAUACAGACGGGAAUGCCCUUGAGAAGCGGCAAGUGCCCUGGCAUUCCGCCCCCGAGACCAUCGCAUAUUCCUACCCGUACAUGCUCACACUGCUACCUCCCGCGAAGGGCAGUCUGGAAGUCAGGAACCCUGAUACACUGAGCCUGCUACAGACAAUCGCACUACCCAACGUCAGCUUCCUCCACGUACCGCAGCCAAACAUCAGCUUAGCCCACGCCGGAAAGGGUUUCCUCGUCGCGAGCGAUCGGUCGAUAUGGCGAAUGGGAGCGCAAAGCUAUGAGACACAGAUUGAUGAGCUGGUUGCCAAUGGACGCUACGACGAGUCGCUCAGUCUUCUCAACAUGCUAGAAGAUACUCUGCUUCUUGACAAGGAAGAGAGAGUGCGAGAGAUACAGAUCCUGAAAGCCCAAGCCUUGUUCGACCAGAGGAAGUAUCGCGAGGCCAUGGAGUUGUUUGUCGAUGCAAAGGCCCCGCCUGAGCGCGUCAUCGCAAUGUACCCCAGGUCUAUCGCUGGCAACCUAGCACCGGAAGAGAGCGUCAAGGGUGAUGGGAGUGUGGCGGACGAGGAAGAAGCAAAUGGAGAGAAACCGACGAAAGAACAAGAAGAAAGCACGCCGGCUCCCGUGGCCACGAUCGGGCGGUCGAUGAUGGGCCGGUUUGGAGUCGGAGGCCAUAAGAAAGUCGAUUCAGACGCUGCUUCUAUCCGCACCAACUCGGCCAAAGACGAUACCAUGGAACCGGCGAGUGUAAAGAAGAGGCCAACCGACCCCUCCCAGCCAGACAAAGCGGCCGCAGAGAAAGAGUUCAAAGACUCUGUUCGCGCUCUGCAGUCUUUCCUCACUCAAUGUCGCGUCCAAAUCAAGCGCUACAUCGACACCGACGGCAACCUCAAAGAGCCUCUGCCUACACCUAGCGGCAGCCAACUCGAAGCCGAAAAGCCACCGUUCCACAUCUUUAUCGAAGAGUCCUCGCUCCAAUCUCCUGUAGAUUGGAAAGCAAAACUGCUCGAAGUGGCUCAACUCGUUGACACAACCCUCUUCCGCGCGUACAUGAUUGCGAAUCCCAGUGUAGCCGGCUCCCUCUUCCGUCUCCCCAAUUUCUGCGAACCAGACGUCGUACAAGAGAAGCUCUACGAAACAGGUCGAUACGCCGAUCUAAUCGACUUCCUGCACGGCAAGAAAUUGCAUCGCCAGGCCCUAGAAUUACUCGAGAAAUUCGGCAAGAACGAAGCCGACGAGGAAGUGUCCCCCGCACUACAAGGACCGCAAAGGACGGUAGGGUAUUUACAGGCUCUGCCCCCUGAACUCAUCGACCUCAUUCUCGAAUACGCGGAAUGGCCGCUCCGCACGGAUCCCAAACUCGGCAUGGAGAUCUUCCUCGCUGAUACCGAGAACGCUGAGACACUGCCUCGCGACCGCGUCCUCGAGUUUCUACAAAAUAUAGAUUUAAAACUCGCAGUCAGAUAUCUCGAACACAUUAUCGAGGAGCUGAAUGAUUUGAAUGUGGAUUUCCACCAGAGGCUUGUGGAUUUGUUGUUGGAGAGGUUGAAAGCGGGGGAGUUUGGUGAGGGGGAGGAAGGGCAGAGUGAGAAGAGGGAUUGGAAGGGGAGGUUGGAAACUUUCUUGAAAAAGGGGAAUGCGCAGUAUAAUCGGUAUAGGGUGUUUCAGCAACUUCCGGCAAAUGGUACAGAUCCUGAUUACUACGAAGCGAGGGCUAUCGUGCUGAGUAAGAUGGGAAGUCAUAAGCAGGCAUUGGCGAUUUACGUCUUUCAGUUGAAGGAUUACCAGAAAGCUGAAGACAACAUCUCACUAACACAACCACCCAGAUACUGCAACCAAGUCUACACCGCACCCCCUACAGCAACCUCCCCCGACCGCUCCCCCCAAGCAACCCGCGGCACAAUCGAAGACACGGAACUCUCCAUCUACCACGUCCUCCUCUCACUCUACCUGCAACCCCCACCGCCCCACCAACCAAAUUGGCCCCCAGCCCUCGAUCUUUUAUCGAAACACGGCGCUCGCCUUCCCGCAGCCACAACCCUUGACCUCAUACCACCUACCCUACCCGUUAAGGACCUAGAAUCCUACUUCUUCGGCCGCAUCCGCAACGCCAAUUCCCUAUUAAACGAAGAGCGCAUUGUUGCGCAUUUGAGGGGUGUGGAGAAAGUGGCUGUUGAGGCAGCGGUGCUGCUAGGGAAAGAGGAUAAGCUGGAUAUGUAUGGCAGGAAGGUGCCUGGCGGAUUGAAUCGCAGGGUGGUGAUUGAUGAGGAGAGGCAUUGUGCGGUUUGUCAUAAGAGGUUUGGCGGGAGUGCGAUAAGAGUUUUCCCGGAUAAUAGUGUUGUGCAUAGUGGGUGUGCGAGGGGGAGUGUGGGUGUGGGUACGGGUGGUGGUUUUGGA